UCCUCAACAUUUGUUGAAACCAAAGCAACAGUCUUUCAUUUCACACAAGCCCAUUACGGACCAGCAUAUGAUAAACAUUCGUCUCAUCAACUGAAAUAAUAGAAGAAAAGUAUAAGUCGCAGCAACAACGUGAUAACAAUCCAAACAAAAUGGCCGAUCUGCCAUCACGCAGUGUAGCUUUGACCAUCGUGGAGUCCGGAUUUAUGAUUGCACUGAAUAUUCUAUCUCUAGGAGGCAACAUUAUGGUGUGUACAGCCGUGUACAGGAGUAUAAGACUCCGAACUACCACUAACAUUUACAUCAUCGCACUGGCUAUCAGCGAUCUUUUGAGCGCCAUUUUUAUCAUGCCGUUUGCAGCAGGAGUGCUCAUCUCAGGGAGAUGGCCCUUUGGUAAAGUGUUUUGCCAGAUAAACGCCUUUUUCAGCCUAUUUGUUGUGUACGUUUCGCCUGUGACGAUGGGUUUGACAGCAGUUAACAGAUACAUGAGAAUAUGCAAGUCAGAUGUAGAGUACAAACGGUUCUUCUCCCCAAGAAAAUCCCGCCUUGUGCUGGCCUUUGUGUGGGGCUUUAUUGCCUGUUAUAUCCUGGGUCUUCGCUUGGCUGGUCUACAAGGUUUUCACUUUGUGCCUGAAUAUGCCUCGUGCUUGAACCAACAUCUGAUUGCAUCUAGCAAAAUAGUUCAUUAUUUUGUGGUCGUUGGCUUGUUUUUCCUCCUUCCCCUGGCGGUGACGAUUUUCAGUUACAGAAAGGUCUCAAGAAAGAUCAAGGAACACAACAUCAGUUUAGCAAUGACCCAUCAAAGUCAAAGACGGGAUGCCAAUGUCAGCGUACAUGAAAUCCGAGUAAGCAGGUCUUUAUUCGUCGUAGUAUUUGCGUUUAUGUUAUGCUGGAUUCCCGCUUGGGCCAUCACCAUCUUAACACGCUUUGUGGGAAAAGUACCUCGCAAUGUUCAACUUUUGUGCGCUUAUUUCGUAAAUUUUUCCAGCACCAUUAAUCCUUUCAUUUACACUGGAAUGAAUCCGUUGUUUAGGAGAGACUUUACAAGAAUACUCCGCUGUGCACAUUACAAUAAAAUUGGCAAUGAAUCUGGCUCGAAUACCCAAAACAAUCAACAGGGAUCGAGUCAAAAAACUGUAGCCCUUGCUCAAAGCACCACAAAGCAACACACUAUGUAAAUUCUUUUAAAGCGCCAGUUUAGUGCUGGACGUAAUCUUGAACAAUCGACAGAAAUAAUCGUUAGGUGAAGAAAUCGAUUCUUAAGAACGGAGAAAAAUCAUACGCGUGAUAAGUAUACAGACUAAAUUAAACACGCAGAUUACUAAAAAGCAUUGGGCUAGAGAUAUAAAGCGCGACUAAACUUGGUCAAUUUGUUUAGACAGGGCUGAAUUUUUGCUAUAACAAAGGGGAUCUUUCAAUGGAGAUCGUUUUUUGGACUGACUUCGUGGAUUUUCGUAGGCAUCGAAUAGAGCGUAGGACAUUUCGAAGAAUUAGAGACUGGGUCGGGCAAUAUGACGGAGUAAACGUGUUUGUGUCAGCUCCGUGUUUUGAAGCUUUGCAUGGCCACUUCUAACAAACGAAAAACGUGACGGUGUUCAAAUAUAGAUUUGUAGCUAAUACCAAAAUUCGGGCCAUGUACAAUCAUUUUUAUAAAUUCAAAUUCAAGCAUUGUUUUGCUUCCAAAACUGGAGUUUUUUGUAAUCGUAUUGUCUCUACGUGUUAUGAGAAUUGCAAGACCCUGUUUCUUAGUAGCUUAUUUAACAGCUUUUGCUGGCUACGUUUUUAAUUGUUUAGUUGUAUAUCGUUCUGUCUUUUUCCUUUUGUGUUCAACCUCAGAAAUUAAUGUGUUAAUUGCUUAUUGUACUAUUGUGGGCGGCUUGCACAACACCUAUGGCUUGAUCUGCAUGUGUAAAAGGGUUUUUCAUAAUAUUAAUCUCUCCGCUUACUUUAUAAA